AAGAGGUCUCCUCCCGCAGUUAAAUAAUGAAAAGGAUACUUCCUGGUGGUGACACAUGGAUAAUUUUUUGUUAGUUCCAUGUAUAAAUCUCUAUCUGGAAGCUCGGGGUGUCGGUAUUGGCUCGCUCCAUAUUCAAUUCAUAUUCUGACCGAUAUUCUCCGCAUUGGCACUCUUGUUUGGUUCUUUCUUUUUAUUAAUUUUUUGUCAGAACUCUGCAUCGGUACUCAAGAUCCGUGUUUGAUUUUGUUUAAAAAUAGUACUAUUGUUUAGGAUAUGGAAUCCGCAACAUCGGUGCGCAUUUGCUUUGAAUUCGUCCAUGCGUGUUCCAGUGUGAAUCCUCGCGGCACUCUCGCCAGCGCAGCCGCGUCCACAGUAUUAUCUAUCAUGUGGGGUUGGGAUGCUGCUGGCACCACACACAGAGACGCAUUCAUCCAGAGGCAGCUCAAGCGUGUUCUCAAGGUGCCGUUGACUUGAUAGGCCGAUACCAAAUCCCCUUCCCCUUCACUAGGCAGAUCGUGUUCUCGCUAGCUUCAAUCUGAGAAGCUGCUGCUGCUGCUGGCGUCUGCGGAUUAUCACUAAUUGGUCGAAGCUCUCUUGCAGCUAGACUGCGCUGUUAAGCGGCACGGCUCGGAGAGAGUCUGAGUCACAGCAGUAAACGCAACAAGGGGAGCCAAAGUCAACGUUACUGCUUUCUUUUUGCAUAAUAUACAGGUUAAAUUGCUUACUGACUGCAAAUGGAACGCAAAGCUAGUACUGCACGAAGUGACCUAGAGGAGAUUUUAGCCGAUGAAACCGCAGAGCCCAAGGCCCUGCCAUUAUCACUUUUACAGGACAUUACAGGUGAUUUCUCUGAUGACCAACAGAUUGGAAGCGGUGGAUUUGCAGUCGUUUAUAAGGGAAUGAUUGGCAAUAGGGCGGUCGCCGUGAAGAGGCUGUCCAACGCUUUAAUGGAUGAAACAGAAUUUCAUCGAGAGGUCCAAUGCCUGAUGCGGGUCAAGCACAAAAAUGUAGUAAGAUUUUUAGGAUAUUGCGCUGACAGGCAAGGAAGUAUGGAAGAAUUUGACAAGAAACUUGUCAUGGCAGAUGUUCAUGAAAGAUUGCUUUGCUUCGAAUAUAUACCUAAAGGCAGUCUUGAUAAGUAUAUCAUGGAUGCAAGUCGUGAGUGGGGAACGUGCUAUAAAAUCAUUAAAGGGAUUUGUGAGGGUCUACAGUACCUUCAUGAGAAUCAUAUUGUCCAUUUGGAUCUGAAACCAGCCAAUAUACUGCUUGAUGAUAACAUGGCACCAAAAAUAACUGAUUUUGGUCUGUCGAGAUGCUUCGACGAAAAUCAAAGUCGGGAUAUUACCAAAACUAUUUUAGGGACAAUGGGAUAUUUGGCGCCAGAACAUCGCGAAGGUGGUGUGAUUGCACACAGCGCUGACUUGUACAGUCUUGGUGUUAUCAUCAUUGAAAUACUGACUGGGCAGAAGGGGUAUCAAGCUACCGACGAUGUAAUUGAAAGUUGGAGUGAUAGGUUGGAGGGAUCCCAACGAGAUACGCUAUGCAAACAAAUACGAGUAUGCUACGAGACAGCUUUAGAGUGCAGAGACUUCGAUCCAAAGAAAAGGCCAACUAGUGCACUAACUAUAGUUGAUAGACUUCAUGAAAUGGAAACUAUCCAGGUAAAAAACACAUUCAAACUACGUGCUUUUUCAUCAUCGGUGAAGAAGCUCCGCAAGGGCGCCAUUGGCAUCUUGGAGGUGGACAUCCUCAGCGCGCGAGGCCUGGUGAGCAUGAAGGAUAAAGAGGGGGGCCUCACCGACCCUUACUGCGUCGUCAAGUACGGCGAGAAGUGGGUGCGCACAGGCACGUUGUUCGCCACGGCGGUGCCGCAGUGGAACGAACAGUACACCUGGAACGUGCUGGACCUCAACACCGUCGUCACCGUCGCUGUUUUCGACGACUGCCAUCUCUCCUCCUCCCAUGGCGGUGAUGACCACCAGAUGGGCAAGGUGCGCAUCCGCCUCGCCACCCUCGAGACCAACCGCAUGUACACCCAACACUACCCGCUCAUGGUGCUCACCCGGACGGGGCUGAAGAAGACCGGCGAACUCCACCUUGCCGUCCGCUUCACCUGCAGGUCGUGGGCCAAAAUGCUGGCCACGUACGGCAAACCGCUGCCUCCCACGAUACACAUACACCACACCGACCCAAUCACGAUGCCGCAGGUGGACCCCCUCUGGUUGCAGGCGGAGGCGGUGCAGAGGAUGGUUACGCGGCUGGCCAGGGCGGAGCCACCACUGCGGAGGGAGGUGGUGGAGUACAUGCUCGACGUAGACCCACAAAUGUUCAGCCUGCGUCGUAGCCAGUCCAACUUCCAACGCAUCGCCUCCCUCUACUCCGGCGCCACCGCCGUCGCCAAAUGGUUCGACGACAUUUGCGAGUGGAAGAACCCACUGUCGACGAUUCUGGUCCACGUGCUGUUCCUGUACCUGGUGUGCUACCCGCAGCUGAUCCUGCCGAUGGUGCUCGUGCUCGUGGUCAUGAUCGGGGUGUGGAACUACCCGCGGCGGCCGCGGAAUCCGCCGCAUAUAGACACGGUGCUGUCGUACGCAGAUCAGGCGCAGCCCGACGAGCUGGAAGAGGAGUUCGACACGUUCUCGACGUCCACGCCGGAUGACAUCGUGAAGCUGAGAUACGACCGGCUGCGGAGCGUCGCCGGCAGGUUGCAAAGGGAGCUCGGCGACCUGGCUAUGCACGCGGAGCGCGCGCAGUCGCUGCUUAGCUGGAGAGACCACAGGGUAACGCCCAUCUUCAUCAUGCUCUCCCUGGUGGUCGCCGUCGUGCUGUACUGGACGCCGUUGAAGGUGGUGGUCAUGGUGAUGGGGCUGUAUUUCCUCCUACCCUCGCGGUUCCGGCCCAGCAGGAGGAGGACCAGCAUGGUCUUCAACUUGUACAGUCGUCUGCCCUCCAAGGAUGACUCCAUGCUAUAAGGUUGAUGCAUGUACUAUUUGUUCCUUUUCCUGUCUUUCUUUAAUAUAUACGUAUGAUUUUUCCUAUCUUCGCUUUGGUUGAUUAUUAUUGUUUUCUUUUGUGUGAAUUGGUUGAUUAUUAUGUUAUCUGCUUUAUUUGUGUAUGACUUUCCUUUUUUUUUUGAAAUUGUGUAUGACUUUCCUGAGAUCCAUAAAAACAUUACACUCCAUUUUGAUUUCUAGGUCUUUUUUUGUUUUGACUAUUUAUUAUCUCUAUGCAGGACUUUGAUUACGUUUUCACCAGGCGCUUUAGUGCUUAUUUUGAUGAAGAGCAAUGCUACACGUACGAAAGCUAACGUGAGGAUUUUACGUAAAAACUGACGUUGAGGUAAUUAAUUGGAUCAGGAUUAGCGGUUGGGCCCCACCCCCGUUAAAAUCAGGGGGCGGAGGAGAGGAUUUAGGGGUGGUUUAGUAAACUUACGUAGCAUCUUUCGUAAGUGUAAAAUUAUUGUUUGAUGAAAUAGGCUGGGGCGCUGCCAAUUCAUUAGAAGAUGAUGAACUUGUGUUGAUCUUGCAUUUUCAUUCAUUUAUGUGAUAAGUAAUUUCUAA